AUGCCUCCCAAGGCUGCACCCGCGCGCACCGUAUGGGAUGAUACGACGCGAACGGACCUGCUGCAGGCCCUCAUCGACGUGACGCCUCCCACCCUCGAGGAGUGGCAGGCGAUCAUGGCAUUGCUACAAGCGAAGGGCUAUACCUACACUCAUACUGCAGCCAUACAACACUUGCAGGAGCUCAAGCGCAAGGAGAAGGGCGGCACCCCGAAGAAAGCCACUGCCGCUGCCGCUGCUUGGAGGAUGGACAGAGGAAGAUUCGCAAGGGCAAAAGCGAAGCAAUGA